GGCAAGCUUUCGCAACACGGGACCAGUUUGAAAUCGUAACUGUAAGCUUUCUUCUGCUUAUAUAACUCCCCCCCAACUCCCUUCCCUCCUCGACCCCUCUCUCUCCCCUCUCUCUCUCUCUCUUGAUUUCAAAUUUUCAAGAUCUAGACUUAGGUUUUGUGUCGAAUUCCUAAAAGGCUCCACGAAAGGCAAAGCUCGCGACUUUCGGACAUUCUUCACGAACGUUAGCCCCUGCACUUUGCUUUCUUUUUCUAGGGUUGUUGUAGUCUUGGACAUUUUUGCACAUGGACUAUGAUGUCUCCGAAAUCAGUGGGUAAAUAUACCUUGCAAUCUAUAGGUUUGGAAGACUCCCAAAUGGAUAUGGUGCCAACUUUCAUCUUGAUAAUCUGCGCUGUUAGUUGUGUCUAAACAGCACUGAUGAUGAUCUUCCUCCAUCUCAUCAAAACAGAAUUCCUCGAGGGGGUAAAGUCUCAGGAAACGAAAGAUCAGCUGUAGGUUCUAUCUCAUUUUCUAGGAUGUAUACAGACAUGGAUGCUGAAAUUCAUCACCUUGAGCAAGAAGCAUACUGUGCAGUCCUAAGGGCGUUUAAAGCGCAGUCUAAUGCGAUUACUUGGGAGAAGGAAGGUUUGAUUACUGAACUUAGGAAAGAACUGAGAGUAUCGGAUGAUGAACACAGAGAGCUUCUGACCAUGGUUAAUUCUGAGGACAUCAUCGAUAAGAUAAGAGUGUGGAGAGACAAAGGUGGUCAUCAAGCUGCUAGGCUUACUUCAUCUCAGAAUGUGUAUGAACUUUUACCUAGUCCUAGUAUUUCAGCGUCCCGAAAGAAACAGAAAACAUCACAAUCGCAUGGUCAGCCAUUCCCUGGUUUAUCCUCAAUGAAGUCCAUGAAAUACCCUUCAACAGGACCUGUCGGAAGUAGACAAUUCACCCGCAGUUCUUCUGGUCCCUUUGUUGAAGCGGCUGAAGCAGAAACGUCUGAUUCAUUAGUUGGAAGGAAAGUGUGGACAAGGUGGCCUGAAGACAACAGCUUCUAUGAAGCCGUUAUCACUUACUACAACCCGGCAGAGGGUCGACAUGCUUUGGUCUAUGACAUACAUACACCAAAUGAGACAUGGGAAUGGGUUGAUCUUAAAGAGAUCUCUCCUGAGGAUAUCUGUUGGGAAGAUCCGGGCCCAUCAGGACGCAGGGCUAAGAAAUCUACGAGCCAUACCACAAGAAAGCGAGGACCCACAAAGUCUCAAUCAAAGAAAGAACUUCCGUCGCAAAAUGGUAUAGCGAAGGCACCAGAUGAUUUAGAAUUAUUAAAUACUGAUACCCUGGUGAAGGAGGUGGAGAGAGUUUUCAAUGCAAGCGAGCCAGAUCCUUUUGAGCUCGAAAAAGCAAGGAAAAUUCUGAAAGAUCACGAACAGGCCCUUGUUGAUGCCAUUCAAAGGCUGGCAUAUGCAUCGGAUGGUGAAAGUGCAGAUAGAGAGCACACAUUUCUGCACAGUCGAUCAAUGGAUGGAUAGCAGUGGGAACAAGUAUCGUUGUUGAAAGCAUCAGAGUAUUGACAGAGUCCACAACAGGAUGAUCUAUGGCUGGUACCCUUUGGAGGUAGCAGGAAUCCAGGUGGUGAUCGAAUUUAUUAGGCACAUCCAAAUGUGAAAACAUCACGAUUUAGUGUUUCACAUACGGCAAGAAGUUGAGGAGGUACCUGUUAGAUUGUUGCUCAAAUGUAAAGUUGCUUAUAGCAAAUGACAUCAAGAACUUGUCCUGAUUCAUUCCCUCCUGUACGAAGCUGGAGAUUUAUAGCUUACGGUGUUGAUCACUUGUAGCGUGUUUAAACCGCGUGCAUAAAUCCUGCGAAGAAAGCAAACAAAUUCGCAUUCGUGGAAAAAUAUCACUGAGGUUAAACUCAGAUCAUCGUGUAAAAAUUCCAUCUGGUUUCCCUUGA